AAAAAAAAAAAAGAAAAAGAAAAGGCGCGGGUGACUGCAGGAAACCACAGAGCACAGCUCGGGCCUCUACUGAUCGGGAAACGUCAGAAGACAAAAAUGGGCAAUCAUAAAACCCACGGCAACCAUGAAGACACGGACUCUCCCCCUAGCAAUCCCACCCCGGAACUGAGGACACAGGGUGCCUGCGCUCAGCCCUUGGCGCAAGCACUUCUUGGACACCCUCAACCCCCUCAGCUAAACUUGAGAUCCCGGUGCUCCGGAUUCUAAACGUUUCCUCGAGCGGGUCCUCUCUAGCCGGCCGUUUAUCUAUGGUUUCUGCAAUAGGGCGCUCUAGCCUGCGCGAAGGGGCAGUGAGACCGCGCCGGUACAGCUCGGGGCUGCGGCGAACUUCCGUGGGCCCCCUGCUGGUUGUGCAGGCGGCCAUGGCGUUCUUGCGGAAAAUGCUGAUCACAGUCGCAAUGCUGGGCGCAGGGUCUGGCGUGGGCCUUGCGCUCCUUGCUAUCGUGACCCCCGGAGAGCAGCGGAAGCAGGAAAUGCUAAAGGAGAUGGCACUGCAGGACCCGCGGAGCAGGGAGGAGAUGGCCAAGACCCAGCAGCUAUUGGUGGCCACUCUGCAGGAGGCAGCGACCACGCAGGAGAACGUGGCCUGGAGGAAGAACUGGAUGGUUAGCGAAGGCGGCGCCGGCGAGAGGUCACCGUGAGACCGGACUUAACCCUGUGGGCGCUGGGACCUUGGCUCGGGCGCAGCAAUCCGAUGCAGGCUUUCUUCUUCGUGGGCCCAGCGGGGAGUCCGGCCGAGAUGCCAUGGCCAGGACCCUCCAGGGUCCCGUGAGCUACCGUCGGGUGAGCACGUUCCCCCCAAACCCUGGACUUACUGCUUUAAAGUCCGCAAGGCGGGCCAGGGCCGAGACGCGAGUCGGACGUGGUAAACUGAAAGAACCAAUAAAUCAUGUUCCUCCACCCAGAA